CUCUUCUCCCCCCACCCUACACCUAGCACCGCUCACACGCCACACGUAAACAAACACGGCACUUCCGCUUCCGGUCACGCUGUGCACAGAGCCGGGGGGAGGGGUUUGUCCGGCUCGGUGUGUUUUGUUUUUUUUGCAGGGUGUAUGAUCUUCUCUCCAGCCUCCGAUAUCAACAUUGUGCGGGACACCCGGCCCCCGCCUCCCUCCCUGACCGGCAGGCAUGGAAAAAUGGCAGGCAGACUUCUUCAGCCAACAUUGCUCUGAAUUUGGGAAGUGGUCCCUACACCUGAAGGUGUUCCAGAACCUCUGUCACAGAUGCUGAACAAAGACAAUGGGGUCCGUAGCAUCUGCUUAUACCAGUCGUGUGACAGCCCUGAAGCAUGCUAGCAACACAAAUAUGGAAGAGGAUGAUUUGUUGGUUGGAAGAGACCUAGAUGAAGAUAUUGCACAAUUUCCUUAUGUUGAGUUUACUGGUCGGGACAGCAUUACCUGUCCUUCUUGCCAAGGAACUGGAUGCAUUCCAACAGAGCAAGUGAACGAGUUGGUUGCAUUAAUACCAUACAGUGACCAGAGACUGCAGCCCCAAAGAACAAAACAGUAUGUUUUCCUGUCGAUAUUUUUCUGCCUCCUAACAUGUGGUCUGGUGAUGUUCUUUGUGUUUCCACGUACUAUGGGAGUGCAGGAUGGCGGCAUUCGAAUGGUACAAGUGUGGUUUGAUAAGGAAAAUGCUAUUGUCAACAUUGCUAUGACGAGCACCCUGGGAUUCACCAAUUCCAACUUUUAUUCAGUCUCUGUGGAUAGCUUGAUCAGCCAAGUACAGUACAUGAACACAGUCAUUGGAACUCAACAGCAGACCAAUGUGUCUGUCAUUAAGCCACGCAGCGAUAAAUCGGUAAAUUUCACAGUGAAACUUGAGUUGGGUGGAAUCCUUUCUUAUUUAUACAACUUCUGCACAUUAUCUACAGUAAAAGUGCACAACAUUGUUGUUUUUGUGCGAACGUCAGUGAAAUUUUCCUACAUUGGACACACAUCCCAGAGCUCUUUGGAGACAUACCAGUAUAUUGACUGUGGAGCAAACUCAACUCUACUAGUUGACCACCAUGCAUUAUAAACUUUAAUGAGACAAUGUGUUAACAUCAACCACAUCACUUACCUGUCAUUGUGAUUUCCCUGCAGAGAGCAUUAACCUUAUACCACUGUGGAGGCCCGGAGUGCAUGUUUACAUUAAAAGGUACUGCACUGUGCACGGACGGUUUCUUCCAAUUGUACAGCUUGUGCUUAACCACUCAGUAACUUGGUACAUAUUUAUAGAGGAAUGUUGGCCAAACUUUUAUGCAGGAAAGCACAAAAUGGCAUUAUGUUUAGUUAUAGGCUGUUUUGGAUUUUAAGUUAAAAUAUACACACUCGUUAAAAACUCAUUUCACCCUUCCUGUUAACAGGGGGAAUACUUGUGGUACAUACGGUAACUAACUUAUAGUUGAAUAUACUUUUACAUUACGUUGUAGAUUUUUACUGGGACUAGAAGGAAUAGUGUGUGAUUCUCCAACUAGUUGCCCUAUUUAUUAAGGAUAUGUGCAUUAAAAAUCUACUUUGGACUUGCUGAUAUUCCAGGACUUUUCACUAUUUUAAUCUGUUUUGCCAUAAUUUAUCACAGUUAUCUCGGACUGCCUUGGGUUUUCAGAGGCUUAAUUCACAUUUAUUUUUUUUUUUUUUUCUUCAAAAAUAAAAGUGGGGUUUGUUUUUUUCCCAUACAGAAAGAUUUGCAAGUAUAGAAUAUGCAGGACUUAUUUAUAAAAACAGGAGCAAAUAAAAAAAAACAAAAAACAGGCUUUUGCUAAUAUAAAUUAGCCAGCUGUCUAAUUUCUGUGUAUCAUUGCAAAUACUAUACAUCCGUGACAAUUUGUGUACCCAAACUCAAAUAUUGCAAUAAAUUUACAAGCGCACCACUUUUUAUUUUUUAUUUUUUCAGCAACAAGUAGAACUAGUGAACUGAUAAUGCUAUGCAGCAAACAAUAAUAUACCAGGCUUGAACCUGUCAUGAGAACUGUUGCUGACCCCACUCCUUUUGUAUAUACUUUCAGGCAGAUACAAAGUUUUUACUUCACCAGCUGUAUGCUUGCUCUGGGUCACCAACUCAUUGUUAAAACCAGAGAAAGCCAGGCUCUGGGUCACCAACUCAUUGUUAAAACCAGAGAAAGCCAGGCAACUAGCACUUUCAGAAGGAGGUAAGCAAUAGCACCCCAUAUAUUCCUUUUGGGACCCGUAUCCCCGAAUUAGAGUUUUGCAAAAUCUAGUGCAACCAGAUUCUUCAAGCUGCUUACAUUCAUUUGUGAUCAGGACUGCCCACAAUUGAAGUGUUACUAAACCCCUGUACACACACCAAACUGAGCAUGUGCAGCCUGGCCCAAGUAACUCUCUUAUCUGGACAAUGUAAGAAGAGAAGGGACUGUGCAUACAGGAUCAAACGGCAAUGCAGAGUAUUAAACCCUUAGGUUCCACAAGGCAUAUAACAAGCAUGCUUUGCUGCAUAUACAGACUAAUUUUACUGUUUUGGGUUUAGUAACACUUUAAUUAUUGGAUCCUGGACUUUGCCUCUGCACGUUCUUUGUCUGAAAGAGAGAGAAAACUUGGAAUACCUAGCAUGUCCAUUCACAUCACUCUGCCAUUUGAUGUUCUAGGAUUACCUGGCAGUGCAGUUAAAUGUGAAUGAAAAAUUAAGUGCUUUGCAGGUUGCCCCCCUCAGUCAUGAGCAAUUGUGUAUUUCGUGAAGUCUAAAAGAAGUCAGAACUUUUGAUUUGUAUAGUUCUGGGUCAGUGACUUAAAAAAUAUUGAAGCCAUUGGAUCAGCAUGCAGCCAGGCCACCUACAUUCUCCCAAGAAUGUUUUUCUCAUGACAGGUUCCCUUUCAGUAAUGUGUGGUGAUCCAUAGUUACACUAAAAUUUUUAAUCUUCCAGCAGUUCAGCAUAGACAGAUAAGUAAAAGGACGUUUUCUGAUUGUGUUCCCUUUUUACAUUGUUCUUUGUCUUAAAAAAUAAAUAAAGGUUUUUAUGUUCAGUA